GCGGAGCGCCCGGCGCGGCGCAGCCCGUCCUGAACGCACCGACAACAAAGAGCAAAUAACCAAACAAAGCAAACAAAAGGGCCGGCGUCGCCCGGAUCCGCUCCGAAUUUUCAGUGGCGUUGGUUUAAUCUGGAGCCGCUCGUGAUCCGCAUUGCGUGCGGGGCUCUGUGCUUCCCAGAGCACUCCGGGGGGGAGGGCAGAAGGGGAGGGGGAGGGCAGAAGGGGUGCUGCUCUGAGCUGCUCCAGCCCCCUGGUUCCUAUCGCUCCUUGCACCUGUUGUGAGCGCACACAACCCAGGCGCUCAGACCCCCGCAGUGCUCAGACCCCCCCCCAGUGCUGUUUUCAGAGCAGAGUGGCUGUUUCCCCCCGCUGUCGUGGCACAGACCCAGGAGCAGUGCUGGGUACCGGGCCUGGGGCUGCGAGUGUGAGCAGCGCUGCCCUGCGAUGCGCUGCGAUGCACUGCGAUGCACUGAGCCACGUCGUCAGCCCGGAGUAAUUACAGUUGUUUUUUUUCCAGGCUGUGAGCAAUGCGUGUAAGUCUCCUCUACAUCCUUAAACAAAAGCAAAACAAAACCAAAAAAAAAAAGAAAAAAACCAACCCAUCCCAUCAACCAAACCAGCAGCCAUCCCAGAUUCCUGCGGGAGCCUUCAAAACCUCCAAUUAACUGCAGCCAAAUUGGGCUGCCGAGCGUUUAUGGGGCAGUUUGUGCUAUGGAAAAAGGAAAGCUGUGGGUGCAUGCAGGGACGGCUCGGAGGAGGGGGUGGGAGCCGUGCAGGCGCUCCUUCCUUGGGACAGCCGCAUCCUCGGCUGGGAUUUAGGAUGCUGACUUUGGGAGGACUCUGAGCUGGCCGGGGCAGCUCUUUGGGCUCACUUGACUUCGGGGCUGCCCUGGGACGAGAUGUUCUCGAACAAUGAUGAAGCUGUGAUCAACAAGAAGCUUCCCAAAGAGCUGCUGCUGCGAAUUUUCUCUUUCCUGGACGUGGUCACUCUGUGUCGCUGCGCUCAGGUCUCCCGGGCAUGGAAUGUUCUGGCCCUGGAUGGAAGUAACUGGCAGCGAAUUGACCUGUUUGAUUUCCAGAGGGAUAUUGAGGGCCGAGUGGUGGAGAACAUCUCGAAGAGGUGCGGGGGGUUCCUGCGGAAGCUGAGCCUGCGUGGCUGCCAGGGAGUGGGGGACAACGCACUGAGGACAUUUGCACAGAACUGCAGGAACAUCGAAGUGCUGAACCUGAAUGGCUGCACCAAAAUCACAGACGCCACGUGCACCAGCCUCAGUAAGUUCUGCUCCAAGCUCCGGCACCUCGACCUGGCAUCCUGCACCUCCAUCACCAACCUGUCCCUGAAGGCACUCAGCGAGGGCUGCCCGCUGCUGGAGCAGCUCAACAUCUCCUGGUGUGACCAAGUGACCAAGGACGGCGUCCAGGCGUUGGUGAGGGGCUGUGGGGGCCUCAAAGCGUUGUCCCUGAAGGGCUGCACACAGCUCGAGGACGAAGCUCUCAAAUACAUCGGUGCAAACUGUCCUGAAUUGGUGACAUUAAACCUCCAGACGUGCUUACAAAUAACAGAUGAUGGUCUCAUUACAAUAUGCAGAGGAUGCCACAAGCUGCAGUCGCUGUGUGCCUCGGGCUGCUGCAACAUUACAGAUGCCAUCCUGAACGCCCUGGGACAGAACUGCCCGAGGCUCAGAAUAUUGGAAGUCGCCAGGUGCUCCCAGCUGACAGAUGUGGGCUUCACAACCCUGGCCAGGAACUGCCACGACCUUGAAAAAAUGGACCUGGAGGAGUGUGUCCAGAUAACAGACAGCACGCUAAUCCAGCUCUCCAUACACUGUCCACGGCUCCAGGUCCUGAGUUUGUCCCACUGCGAGCUGAUCACGGACGAUGGCAUUCGCCACCUGGGGAACGGCGCCUGCGCCCACGACCGCCUGGAGGUGAUCGAGUUGGACAACUGCCCCCUGAUCACCGACGCUUCCCUGGAGCACCUGAAGAGCUGCCACAGCCUGGAGAGGAUAGAGCUGUACGACUGCCAGCAGAUCACGCGGGCGGGGAUCAAGAGACUCAGGACCCAUUUACCCAACAUCAAAGUCCACGCCUACUUCGCGCCGGUGACACCACCUCCAUCGGUCGGGGGCAGCCGACAGCGCUUCUGCAGAUGUUGCAUCAUCCUAUGACACUGGAAGCAGCCAUCCCUGCAAACUGAGUAUUUAAUUACACCUCUCGAGUGAGGGCGGACAGCUGUACCUUCGAGGAGGGCGAUGCAGUGUCAUUUGCAAGGGGCAGCCGGCGGGCAGCGGCGCCGGCCCCUGUAGCCACCCAUACACAUCCAUGUACACACCCCACCUGUUCCAGCAGACGGAUGAACUCUGCGGGCUGGGGCUGGAGCUCUGCUGGCUUUCCUGUAGGUGGAUUGGUAUCGUUCUGAACCAUUCCUGCUGGGCAUGCUCAGACGGAGUCAUUGCGGUGAGGAGGGGAGAUGUUUGCAAACCCCAAACGACUGUUGCUGCUGUAGAGGUUAGAGAAGUAAUUGCAACCCUUGGAAACAGGGAGAGAAAGGGACGUGCUUUAUCCCUGCACCCACUGGCCAGGUGGAAAAGGAAACGAACUGACAGCCCCCGAGUUGUGUGUCCCUUUCUGAGUGAGGGGGCGGAGGAGCAGCAGUGUGAGAUGUGAGCUCCGCUGCUCCCAUCCCUGCUGACCCCCUGAGCAUGCUCACAGCGGAGGUUCAUCUGCUGCUGUGUCCCGUAGCGUCCAGCUCAGAGGCUCCAUAGGUGGCUGUAGUUUGGGAUCUGCUCCGUCAGGCCCCGCUGUUUGGUUUGGGGUUGGUUUUUUUUCCCCUCCUCCUGAUGGUCAUUCGGUCAGUUUGAGAUUUACCAAACCCCCCCCAAAAAAAAAGUUGAGGGAAACCCAUUUGAAUUUCAGGAAGCCCCUUUUUAUAACAGCCCCUGAGCCUGCAAUGAGCCGAUGGAAAAACUGAUUGGAAUUCCAGGUUUUCUCCCAGUGAUGAGAGCGUCACUCUUUGCUAUAGGGGACAAGCUAUAGUCUCUGCUCCAGCGCUUUCUUCUGCUGUCCUUUCCCUCCAACCCCUCAUCCCCAUCCCGUGAGGAAAAUAAACACAGAACCUUUUUUGCUGGUUGUCCUGGUCAAGAGCUCCUGCCUCACUGUGCCCGUGGAGCGGGAGGAGCAGCAGGGCCAGCCACAGCUUGUCGCCGACCUCUGUCCCAUUGGGCAGUCGUGCUGCAUUGCCCACAGGUAAGUGCUGCCCUGGAGGAACCGUCUGGAGGCAGCGGGGCUGCACUGUGCCCCCCCAGCAGUCGGGGUGUGAUGGGAGCAGCAGCGUUGGAGGUAUUUGGGGUGAGGUUGACCAGAGGGGCGCAGCGAGCUCCACGUUCCUGGGGCAGAAUGCAGGGGUGCCGUGGGGCAGAGCACGGUCAGGUUGGUGGGGAUGAGCUGAGGGGUCCAUCACGGCUCUGUUCCUGCUGCCCGCACCCCGGGAUGGAAGGAAAAGGGCACAUUUAUGGGAUGGAUCCCCCCUGAGAGGAGCGGGUCUGGUAACCAACCGAGCUGCCUGCAGCCCCGGGAGCGGUGCUUCGCCUCCCUGCUGCAGUCUGAGAUGGGAGGGCUGUCUGUGUGACCCCGGGGACGCCCCUCUUGGCCGUGGGUUUGCCCUGAGGGCAGAGCCAUCCCGGGGGCCGUACAGCAGCUGUCUCCCCUUCCCCUCCAACUCAGAUUCCCCGACCCGUCGGUGCGCGUUUAACGUCUCACAGAUGCACCGACUGACGGGAGGAAAUCCAACGUACGCCGCCUUUAAAAGGAUACUGUCAAUUCCUUUCCUAUAGAUGGCUUUUAACGCAUUCUAUUUAUUCAAACCCGUGGAUUCUCUCUCCUUGGUGAGCAUGCUCCUAUACUUCACCUGCACAACUCCUUCCUCCGGUUUUCAGGGUGGCAGAUGACGGCCGAGGGGUCCCACCAGCGAUGGGUGUUUGUUUGCACAGCUCUGGCAGAGCGUUCGGCUCACGCCGAGGCACAGGAGAGCCAAAACUGGUUGACGAGCCAGGGUGUAGCUGACGGACUGAUUUCUUUUAACAGGUUUGAGUUUAAGAGGUAACUCAGAGCAUAGAACCCAAAGCUUUGUUUGUUUUCAAACAGGGUAACAGCGUAAGGUAGCUCAAACUACUUGACAGUGUCCUUUUAAGUCAAUUAUCCGUCUCUAAAUGGACUCUUCCUUAUGUUUGUAUUUAUAAAUAAAUACCAAUAAAGACCAUUUUCCAAA